AUGGAGGAGGCUAUCGAAGCUCUACACGCGGCCUGGGAACGCCUAGAGAGAGACGUAUCGUUGCUAGAGCAUCGAGUCGCUCAAGAACUCCUGCGUCGUGAUGGGGAUCGUGCGCUCCCUGAUCCCGUGCGCCUGAUCGAAAGGCUAUACGAUCUGCAGCGCGCGUUUCCCGCUCUCCGUGCACACUGGGAGCGCACAGUGGCCCUCAAACACGACCUAAUAUCUAUUACGCAAGCCAUUUUAUUCAAAAAUCGCGAAGAAAUACAAAAGGCUAUCCGAGAGCUGGAAGACGAGGGGAUACUGCCGGAGCGCGCACCAAACCUAGACGAGCGGCUUGCCGACCCGCUUUCUCAGUUCGGAGCGAGCUACCGACAGUGGCAAGCGGCCAUGACCCAGUCGAUUCGAAUUUGGGAGCGCUUGGACGGAGAGACGCCACAGAAUGGUAUAAGUUGUUCUGGAGCAGGAACGGGUACGUUCACGGUGCCGGACCUGUCGCUUGUAGACGCCGCUACUGAAUCGCUUCCAUUAGCCAUGGUUCAGGCUGGCCUCGUAUUUGAUGCCGCUGACACGGGUCCAGUUACCGUACUCAACGAUGGAAACGACGAGAACGAUCAACCCGACAACAAUAGCAAAUCCAGCGAUGCAUUCGAGUCUGCAUCACAUGAAACAUCCGCAGCACACAAGUAUGAGCCGCCUUCCAUGCAGCCCGAAGCGGAUACCCCCGAUUCAUGGUCGAUGGAUGGAUUCGUGCCCAUCGCUAAGGCGGCUUUCCAACGCUUACCGCUGUUAUUACGUCGUCGAGUCACAUCCCUGGAUGCGCUGAACCAAGCGUAUGAAAAACUGUUCUGCGCACUCCACGAACGAGGGCGUACAGCGCUCAGUGAUGCCGAAGCCGUCGAGCUCCUGGGUCAUCAAGCAAGCGAACAGCUGGAAGUGCUCCGGGCACUUGCCGUCCUGCGAAAAAUGCGGGAAGGUUGGAUCCUCGCCACUGCAAGCAGUGACGCUUUCAUCCGUCAUCGGCCACACUCCGUGCAGGUGCCGUUUCCGAAACCCCAGCAGGAUGCACACAACUCGCGACCGAGGUCGCUCCCCGUGCCGCACGGCGCGGUGCUGAACCAUGCUCACUGCGAGUUCGUACAGGAUACGAGUGCCAAGUCGGAUCAGCGUUCCACUAGACCGAGCCCAGGUUCGCACACUUCGCAGCGAGCGCUGCCCCAAGCGCCCCAACAGAGCGAGCGUACGCGAGGAACUCGGCGCCGAUCCUCGACCUGUCGAGUUUCCCGAAAUCCCCUUGAUAAUGUUGCCAUAAUGUAA